CCUCACACUCCUCUCCUUUACAGCAUCACUGGUUUAUCGGACCAGAAAAAUUCGGCCCCUCACUUGUGUGUUGUGGUAAUAACACAUAACAGACCGCAUACAUCAUUAUCGGAAAAUUCCACAAUCCCAUUCCUCUUAAUUCUUCCACAAUUCUUCGUCCUCUCUGCAAUUUAAGCUCUUCUUUCUCUCACUUUUUCCUUUGAUUCUUUCCUUUUGGUAAGAGUCCUCUCUCGCUCGCUUCCCUUUGUUCCACCAUUCCUUCGAGAGUUAUUUUUAUCUAUUAUUGUUGAGCCCCCCACAACUCACACAACACAAUUCCCUUCUGGUACCUCAAGAAACAAUUCUUUUUCGUUUUUGUUUCAGUCCCAUUAGUUGAACUACCUUGUUUGUUCUUACUUGUUUUAUGGAUUUCUAACAUUUGUUCCUGUGAUAUACCAAUUCAAGUAAAGCAGCAAAUAGGUAAGGUGAGGAAUUUUCGAACCAAAAACAAACAAAAAUUUUUAAAAAGAAAGGAAAAAAAAAAAGUGAUUGGAUUUGAAAGAUGUCAAUUGCUUUGAGUUCAGUUUGCAAAGAAAAGGUACAUUGGGAAGGGCAACCAGGACAUUGUUCUGGCGAGCCAAUCUUGAUUUACCUCACAGUGGAUGGUGCUGUGACCCCAAUGCGUGUGUUUGAGUCUGAUUCCAUUGCUUCGGUGAAACUGAGGAUUCAGCAGUGCAAAGGCUUCGUGGUGAAGAAGCAGAAGCUGGUUUUUAGUGGCAGAGAGCUAGCUCGCAAUGGCACCCUCAUCAAGGAGUAUGGUGUCACCGAUGGCAAUGUUCUUCACUUGGUUCUUCGCCUCUCUGAUCUUCUCUUCAUUGUUGUGAGGACCGUUUCUGGGAAGGAGUUCGAGUUCCACAUCGAUAGACACCGGAAUGUGGGGUAUCUGAAGCAACGCAUUAGAAAGAAGAAAGGGGAAGGUUUCAUUGAUCUUGAGGAUGAUCAAGAGCUUUUCUGCAAUGAUGAGAAGCUCGAUGACCAGAGUCUCUUCCAUGACAUAUGCAAGAGUGAUGAUGAUGUGAUUCAUUUGAUAAUUAAGAAAUCGGCUAAGGUUAGGACCACACCAAUUCACAAGGAUUUGAAUCUCUCGGUGGAGGCACCAGCUAAGAGAGUAAAACAUAAAUGGGAAAAACAUGUUCAGAUAGCAAAGGUGCCACCUGAUGUAGGUUUCUGGUUGGAGCCAAUUAUUGUGAACCCUAAGAUCAAUUUUUUUCCUUUCCUUUGGGACAUGAUAAACUCCACAUUUGAAGGUUUGAAGAAAGGAAAUCACCCUAUUAGGUCCUCUGAGGGCACUGGAGGGACAUACUUGAUGCGAGAUUCAACAGGUCAGGAGCAUGUUUCGGUUUUCAAGCCCAUGGAUGAGGAACCAAUGGCGGUGAACAACCCAAGAGGUCUUCCAAAUUCAUCUAAUGGUGAAGGUUUGAAAAGAGGGACAAAGGUUGGAGAAGGAGCCUUGAGGGAAGUUGCAGCUUAUUUAUUGGAUCAUCCCAAGAGUGGACCGCGUUUGGCGUCCGGUGAAGCAGUGGGGUUCUCUGGUGUUCCCCCUUCUGUUAUGGUGCAGUGCUUGCACCAAGAAUUUAACCACCCAAAUGGGUUUGCUUGCUCCUCAAAACAUGUUAAGAUUGGGUCACUGCAGAAGUUCAUGAGUAAUGAUGGUAAUUGUGAGGACUAUGGACCCUCGGCAUUCCCAGUGGAGGAGGUGCAUAAGAUUGCUGUGCUUGAUAUAAGAUUGGCUAAUGCAGACAGGCAUGCUGGGAAUAUAUUGAUCAGAAAGGAGGCAGAUGGCCAGAUAAAGCUCAUUCCUAUUGAUCAUGGCUAUUGUCUACCAGAUAAAUUUGAAGAUUGCUCAUUUGAUUGGCUUUACUGGCCACAAGCACGUCAGCCUUACUCUCCUGAGACUGUGGAUUACAUCAAUUCUCUGGAUGCUGAAAAAGACUUGGAACUUUUGAAAUGUUAUGGAUGGGAUAUUCCACUUGAGUGUGCUAGAACACUUCGCAUUUCCACAAUGCUACUAAAGAAAGGGGUUGAAAGAGGCCUUACUCCCUAUGCAAUUGGAAGCAUUAUGUGUCGGGAAAAUUUGAACAAGGAAUCUGUCAUUGAAGAAAUUAUUGGGGAAGCCCAAGAUUCCUUGCUUCCUGGCAUGGAGGAAUCGGCAUUUCUUGAAGCCAUCUCCCAAAUCAUGGAUUACCACCUUGAUAAGCUUGCAAACUAGACUCUCUUUUUUUGAGUUAUAGGUGUAUUUGUAUGUAUGUAUUCAGUGAGUGAACUAGUCCAUUUUGGGAUGGACUGCAGGUUUGCAUAAAUUAUGACAUAUAUAUAUAUAUAUAUAUAUAUAUAUAUAUAUAUAUAUAUAUAAAUUAUGGCUUGAUGUGUCCUGGACAUAGGCCUCAAUCAUGCUCUUGUCUAUUUCUAGCUACUCGAAACUGUUUCUUCGGGAUUGUAUUGCAAUUUUGAACAGAAAUCAAAAGGUCUGAGCAAGAUUGUAUUACACUGAGGUUUCAUCUGUCAUAGUGGGAGUGUACGAGGUGUGACAAAGGAGCUGGAUCUGUCACGUGUAUAUAAAUAAAAAAUGUAAUGUUAGGUUUCAACCCUAAAAAAAUGUAAUGUAUUAUAGGCUUAUGAAAUGAAUAUAUUAUAUUUUUUUCUCUUCGAAAAAA